AUGGCACCUCAGCCGCGGAUGCAAAUCCCCGGGUAUUACUACGAUGAGGAAAAGGGCAAAUAUUUCAAGAUCGAAAAGGGCGCCUCGGCACCACAGACCGCCGCCUGGUCCGCCGACAACGUCAAACGCCGGAAGAUCCAGCACCGCGAGGCCGAGGCCGUCGCCGCCCGCCGGGAGCGGCUGAAGCGGCACAUUGUCCGGUCCGCCGCGCUGCGGGCCCCGCUCAUCGGCGGCGUCUUGGACGUCGAACUCGGCGUGCGUCGUGAGGAGAGGGCGAGGUUGCGGGUCGACGGGGCGUUUGGCGUCGAGGAUGUCCCUGCUGCGGCGUGGGCCCGGGGGCUCGUCGACAAGGGCGAAGUGCCUUUCGUGCCCAGCUUUGCGAGGCAGAGUUUCCCGAAUAUCCCCUGUUUCUAUGUUGGCGGCGAUGAUGAGAAGACGGGGCUCGGGGUUGCGUAUGCGACUUUGGACGAGGAGACUUUGAUAGGGUCGUAUAUCCCCACGGACGACAAUGACAGACCACGUCUAGCAAACAACCUCCGCCACAUCUCCUUCAACACAGGCCGCCGCGAAGGCGUCGUAAACCAGACAACGCCCGCGCCGCCCUCCUCCUCCUCCCUAACCUGCAUCAUCGGCACCUCCUACGGCCUCUUAAAACUCACCUCGGACGAGCGCAUCCACUGGCUUGGCCCGCCGCGCCCUCGUCCGGGCCCAGCAGAGGGCGACUUCUUCGACCAGACGUUCCUCCCUUCCAACCCAAACGUCCUCCUCGCCGGCGGCCGCAACCGCGACGUCAGGAUGAUUGACCUGCGCGUCAAGUGGUCCGAGUGGGAUAACAUCCCCGUCGGCGCCACGGCGCACCUGCGCGCCGUGAACCCGCACCAGUUCCUCGCCGCGGGGCCGAGGUCCACGAUGGCGCUGUUCGAUCUCCGGUACCGCAAGACGAAGCCCAACGGCACGAAGCCGGUUGUGGAGUUCCCGGGUUUCCAGAACGAGGCGCACAUGCAUUUCGGGUGGGAUGUUGACGUCGAUUCGGGCAUCGUGGCCGCGGCGCAUGAUGAUGGGCGGUUGGGGCUGUAUUCGCUGCUGUCUGGGCGGAGGUUGCGGUGUCCUGCUGUGGAUGCCGUCAAGGCGAGGACGCCGGUCAAGAGUUGCCAGUUUCAGAGGAUGCCUGGGCGGCGGCACGCGAGUUUGUUCGCGGGCGUGGGGCCGAAUUUGAAGAUGUUUUCGGUUGGGGCUCUGGGGGUCGAUGAUGAGUGUUGA